GGUGAGUGAGUGCGGUGCGGGGUGCAGCGUACACGUGGGGGAAAAGAACACCCAGCCGGGACGGUGGGUGUUGGGAGGGAAUGACGAACCUGCAGGGGAGAUGAAUGAUGGGUUCAGCUCUGCCUGGUGGGGCUGGCCUGAGUGUGCCUGGUCUUUCUUAGGAGUCCUUUCAGGUUAUUGUGUGUGUGGAGUUUGAAGAGGCUUGGGAGGAGGUGUCUGAGCUCGCUGGUGGGUUGGGAUUUGCUGAUGGUGUGUGCUGAAAGGGCUUUUGGGGCUGUUUGCUGAAGGUAGUUACAGAUCGGGGAAGUGCUGAGGCCUUAGUGGGGUUUAGCUGCUUUGGGAGUGAAGCUUUGCCUGUCGCAGAUGGUGGGCCCUGCCCUGGCAAGGCCAUGUGCUGUCUUGACAGCCACUAAACAGUGGGAAGAGGCUCGUGUGUGCCUGUGUCCCUGUCACCUGGGAUGCUCCAGAGCAUGGGAGGAGGUGGGUGAUAUCUCCAUCGCCGAAGCGUCAGAGGGAUGAGUUUGGGGAGGUUGUGGCCAGAUGGGCGGGAAGGGUGUUGUGACAUGCCCUUGGCAGAUGGUGAGGCUGGGUGCGGCUGCCAACAGGCAGGAAGGUGCUGGGGGGGCUGUCACCCCCCUGGAGCGGGGGGUAACUGUGAUAAGCAGUGUGGCUCUAUGUGACAGCCAGUGGUGUGCAAGCCUGCCAGGAGGAAGAGAUACUGCCACCACCAUGGAGGGGAUUGUGACCAUGUAUCAGGACUUCAUGAAGAAAGCAGACCCCCGCAUCGCUGAUUAUCCUCUGAUGCAGUCCCCGUUCCUUGUGAUGGGCAUCCUUCUGGGAUAUGUCUACUUUGUACUAUCCUUGGGUCCCCGGCUAAUGGCCAACAGGAAGCCUUUUAACCUGAAGAAGUUCAUGGUGCUAUACAACUUCUUUCUGGUGGGACUCUCACUUUACAUAGUCUAUGAGUUCCUGAUGGCAGGAUGGCUUACUGGGUACACCUGGCGAUGUGACCCUGUGGACUUCUCACAGGACCCCAAGGCCCUCAGGAUGGUGAAAGUUGCUUGGCUUUUUGUCUUCUCCAAGUUCAUCGAACUGACAGACACGGUGAUCUUUGUCCUGCGGAAGAAGAAUGAACAGGUCACAUUUCUGCACCUCUUCCACCAUUCUGUUCUGCCUUGGAGCUGGUGGUGGGGAGCGAAGUUUGGUCCAGGGGGAAUGGGCUCAUUCCAUGCCAUGAUCAAUUCCAUGGUGCAUGUUGUCAUGUACUUCUACUAUGGGCUCUCAGCAGCAGGACCUGCCUUUCAGAAGUACCUGUGGUGGAAGAAGCACAUCACAGCCAUCCAGCUGGCACAGUUUGUGAUUGUCUCCCUCCACAUCUCCCAGUAUUACUUCAUGCCCAGCUGCCAGUACCAGUUCCCCAUCUUCAUCCACCUCAUCUGGAUUUAUGGGACCAUCUUCUUCAUCCUCUUCUCCAACUUCUGGUACCAGUCCUACACCAAGGGCAAACGGUUGCCCAGGGUGGCUCAGCAAGCAGCCCAGCACAACGGUAGCAGCGUCCAUGAGAAUGGCACCGUCACCAAUGGCAAGGUCAAAGCCAACUAGAGGGCAAGGCCCUCCCAGAGCCAAUGAGAGCCCAGGGGCAGAGGCAGCUGGGACCUGUUCCCCUGCUCCUGGGUGCCACUAGCCAAGUCAAGUGCCUACAGACUGUUGUACCCCUGUGCCCAGCCCUGCUGUCCUGUCUGCAUGCCCAGCCCCUCUGCUCUGAGCAGCCAUGGGCAACUUCUCUUGCUCUUGGGAGGGCUUGUGCUGUUUCUCAGUGUUGCUGAGCAGAGAGGCAGCUGCCUGCAUCACAGCUGUGGGGCUGCAGUCCCAUUCCAGUGUUUCCAAAGGAACUUUCCCCAAGUGCCUACAUCUGGCCCUUCUGCCCUGGGGGCCAUUUCCUUCUGAGUAGGACCAAAAGAAGAGACUGGUCCCAGUCCUGGUGCCCUCUCCUUUUCCCUGUCUCAUCAGAGCCUGGGUGGAUGAGGAGACUUGUCCCUGGCUGCUUGCCACUGCCAGCUCAAGCGUGAGUGCUCCUGCUCUGCCAUGCCUUGUGCCACUUUGUGCAAUGUCACAGCACUGCAUGUCCCUUCUGGUCCCUGUGUGCUGAGGUGGGGGGUCCUGCCCUGGCGUAUCUGCUCAGGCGUGGCUGUGGAGAAUGUAGGGACAGCGUGUAUGGGACUUGAGGGCCCAGACCUGCCCAGUACAGUACACAUGCCCUGUGCCUAGUGUGGAGCAGGGGUUGUGACAGCCUAAAGUGCCUCCCCCACAUGAUAAGCUCAGGUUGCCUUGCUGUUCUGUGCCUGGGCUGGGUGCUUGGUGUGUGCUUUAGCCACACUUCCCUGAUCCUGUGUGGCAACUGGUGGCUUGCUCCAGAGUGAGGGAGGCCAAGCUCAGCCUUGUCUUGGACCACUUCCAUUCCUGAGAGCUCAAGACUUGAGCAAUAAUAGCCCCUAGAAUCAGCUCCUGGGCUCUCCUGCAUGGGACCAGCCCUGCUCUGGCCCAGCGUGAGCACAGUGGAAGAUGGUUGUAGAAUGCCCUGCUGUGGUGUAACAGUGAGCACCUCUUGCCUCGGUGGGUCCCACUGGGCCUGGGUGAAGGUGCAUGCUGCCCUACAGCAGGGCAGUGCAGCAGCUCUCCUGGGCCUGGUGCCCAUCUCCUGCUCUGGCUGUAACCAAAACCAUGCUGAUGGCCUUGAGGAUGAGGUGAAGGAGCCAGGCCUUGUCAGAUUGGGCUGCUCUUCUACCACAAAUAAACAGACAGAAGGAGAA